UCUGUUGGCACAGUUCCAUUCCGGAAUCGGCAUGAAGUCCUUCGAGUGUCUCACCGCGCGCUGUCUCCAAGUCGUCUACUGGCUGAUGGGAUUGUUGCCUCUGCCGCCUGGCUCGCAGUUUAUUCGUUUGCUUUUCGCUUUAUUGCUGCGCUGCAUUUGGUCACUUUACUUUUAUAUAAUGAUCUACUCGGGCAUUAAAUUCUUGUGGAAGGAGCAAGGUUUGACCAUCAGCUACAUAACUGGCUCAGCUUUGUUCCUCGGCUACUCUAUGUUGGGUGUUUUGCUUCAAAUCGAGAGCAUAUUUAAACAGCGUUCCCAGGAACGUCUCCAAGAUUUGCGCUUUCAAUCCCAACUGCAGAUGCAACGCUUAGCCAUGUCCCGAGGUUGUCCGCGUCGUGCGCUGCGUCUCUUCGUGCUCAUUGUCACACAACUCGUCUCGGAUGCAGCCAAGUUUUGGGCCAAUUCGAGAGCGAAAGUUUCCCCAGUGCUGGCGAUAACCAUGCCACAAAUGUGGCUGCUGCGCAUACGCUAUGUGCAGCUGUUGGAGCAGGUCAUCGAGAUGAAUCAAAGGGCUCUGCAGCUGCGUCACUCGCUGCUCUGUUUGGCGGACAGCAACGAUAUUUGGCAACCCUUUGGCCAGCAGGAUCGACAUUUGCAGACGCUGCGUCUCACCUACGACUGCAUCUUCGAGUGCUACUUAACGUUCAGCGAUUGCUAUGGCUGGGGCAUGUUGGGAUUGCAGGUGAUGUGCGGCUUUGAGUUCGUUUCCAAUGCAUACUGGAUCAUCACCGAAGCCUAUCAGGAUCAACAGCUCUAUAUGUUGGUCUACAACAGUGCCACUUGCUUUGCCAUGGGCUCGUUGAUCACCUCGCUUUUCUGGUACGGCGAUGCAAGCACUCAGAACAGUCGACAGAUCGGUUGCCUUAUCUCCAAGCUGGUGAAACCGUUGGGUAGCAAGCGUUAUAACGAUUUGGUCUGUGAGUUUCUAUUGCAGACUCUGCAUCAGCGCUUCGUGUUGACGGCCAAGGACUUCUUUAGCCUCAAUCUGCAUUUGCUGAGCAGUAUGUGUGCAGCGGUCGUCACUUACCUGGUCAUCCUCAUACAGUUCAUGUUUGCCGAGAAGAGCUCACAGGUUGUCUCGCAAAAACCCGAAACCGAAACCGAAACUUCGACCGAAUUGAACAAACUGGAAUGAGAAGAAGAGAGGAGGGCGCAUUUAUAAUAAAUGGAGAGUUACAGCAAAUAAAUUGUAAUUCUUAAAUAGUUUCAA